AUGGUUGAAACUGGUUUUUCAAAAAUAAUUUUGGUCAAAAAGUUAACUGGUUGUGAACCGAAUGGAUAUACCUGUACAUGUGUGUUAGAUGGUUGGGAGUCUACUGAAAGUUUGUCGAUGUCAGCAAAGAAGGCCCAAGAUUCCGCUGCCCAAGCAAUGCUUAAUAAGUUAAAUCAUACUGAAAAUAAAUGUUCUACAGUCCAGUCGUCUAAUUGGAACUCAAAUGCUGCAUCUCAGUGCGUACACAAAAAGAAUGUUAAGUCAGGCAAGGCUAAAUUACAGUUGAAUCUAAAUCGUGCUACUGAUGAGUCGGUACAUCCUGUUUGUAGAUUGGAGUGCUUUAGAGCUUCAAAGCGUUUAGAUAAAAUAAAAUAUACACUGUUAAAUGAACAACUGCAGAGUGGAAUGCAGGGCUCUCUGGUAUCUGGACGAUCAUCAUUUGUUUAUCAGAUUGAAUUUUUAAACGAAUGUAUCCAAGGUCCUGCAGCUAAUAAUAAACGUUUGGCUAAACGACUUGCUGCUGAAGCAUUAUUGAGAAAAUUGGGAUUAUCUAGUGAAAAAGUACCCGAGGUUAAAAGUGCUCUACGAACAGCAGAGGUUCCGUUUCCUGAUAAUGAUGAUGCGGAGAAUAUCUUGGGAAAUUCAUCUCACGGUAAUCCUGUCCCCACGGAAAACAACGACAACGGAGGUAGAUCAGAGAGCCUACCGAAUCAGAUGGUUCACAGCAAGGAUUAUCAUGUGAAUUUUAGUUGUACCAGUGAUACUUUUGUCUUCAGUGAAGAAGAAGGGAAAUGCAGUUCAUUGGGCAGACGAAAUUCUCAUCCCGUGCAAAAGAAAGGUGUAAAAUCAAAAGUACUAUACAAUAAACAAAAUACUCGUUGUUAUUCAAGUAUGAAUCUUUCAAUGAAUGAUAUGCAUAACUUCAUACAAAACCAUUAUGUUUCGUCAACAUCAUCUCGUCUUUCACUGCCAAAUUCAACAUCUGAUAGAGAACACUAUAAAAGUUACAAAGAUUUUGGUGUCUUCGAUAAAACUAUUGGUUAUUGGACAGACUCUAAAAAGCUGAAGUUCAGUCUUAGAUCCUGUUCUCAAAGCAACUCAGAAAACGACCUGUCUGGAAACCACUGGCAUCGAAAAUCAGACUGCUUGUCUGAUAGUGCAUUCCCUAAUGUUUCCCUCAGCUGUACACAUAUAAAAACGAAUAUAAGACUGCAGCUUUUAGCUCGUGUCGCUGCCUAUUGUUUAAAAGAACAUGUUUCUAAUCCUUCACUAUCAAUGAAUACAAAAAAAGAAUUACUUGGAAGAACGAAUGUUAGUUUGGUUGAUCAGUUGGUCCUUUUGUGCAAACGUCUUUCAGUGCCUUGUCAUUUCAUCGAUUAUCCUCCUACAUUUUACACUGGACACAAGAAACAAAAAGAAAUUGAUUUAAGACAAUUCGAAUACACAGUUAUCCUAUUAGUUGGUAUAAAUCCCACAAAUUAUAUUACCACUCUGAAUUAUUCACAAAUGAAUGAUGGUUAUAUAUCAGUGAAGGCUUCAGAUUUUACAAGAAGUAUAGCCAGACAAAAAGCUGUUCAACUAGUGGUUCAGUGUUUAGCAAAAUUAAUUGAAUAA